CCCGGCGUGCACCGCGCUGCAAACUCCUUGGAACCAGAGAGUUAGGAGUACACGGAAAGCCUCGGUGGGACGCUUGGGACUCAGAAGUCCUCCGACACGCGGGAAGUAGGCCUGAGGACGUGCGGAAGAGCGCAAGUAGACGCCAGGCAGAGAGAGAGAACCGCAGAGCAGAUUGGGUCAGGCACGCACGAGGACAGCUCCCGAGGGCCGUCCCAGAGGCCUCCGCGCCGCCUGGGUCCUAACAGGCAACACCGCCUUCCGCCGCACGUGGCUAUAGAGCGAUGCCCAAAUCCAAACGCGACAAGAAAGUUUCCUUAACCAAAACUGCUAAGAAAGGCUUGGAACUGAAACAGAACCUGAUAGAAGAGCUUCGGAAAUGUGUGGACACAUACAAGUACCUCUUCAUCUUCUCUGUGGCCAACAUGAGGAACAGCAGGCUGAAGGACAUCCGCAACGCAUGGAAGCACAGCCGGAUGUUCUUCGGCAAAAACAAAGUGAUGAUGGUGGCCUUGGGCCGAAGCCCAUCUGACGAGUACAAAGACAACCUGCAUCAGGUCAGCAAGAAGCUGAGGGGUGAGGUCGGUCUGCUUUUCACUGACCGCACUAAGGAGGAAGUGAAUGAGUGGUUCACGAAAUACACGGAGAUGGACUAUGCCCGCGCUGGGAACAAAGCAACCUUCACCGUGAACCUUGACCCAGGGCCGCUGGAGCAGUUCCCCCACUCCAUGGAGCCACAGCUCAGGCAGCUGGGGCUGCCCACUGCCCUCAAGAAAGGUGUGGUGACCCUGCUCUCCGACUACGAGGUGUGCAAGGAGGGCGACCUGCUGACCCCAGAGCAGGCCCGCAUCCUGAAGCUUUUCGGGUAUGAGAUGGCUGAGUUCAAGGUGACCAUCAAGUACAUGUGGGAUGCACAGUCUGGAAGGUUCCAGCAGAUGGGAGAUGACUUGCCAGAGAGCGCAUCCGAGUCAGCAGAAGAAUCCGAGGACGACGCCGACUGCUGACGGACCCCGACCGGUCCAGGCGCCACCCAGCCAUGUGGGGCCGCCGCCCCUCCUGGGCAGCAGCUGUUUGCUGUGGACGAAGACAACGAGGGGCACGAGGGACAGACUGUUUUCCUACAAAGAAUAAAACUGUCUGCAGGGUGUCUCCCUGUAGGCGGCGAAAGGAACUUUCCUCAG